GUCCUCGGUAUUUCUCCCGUACUGCCGUAUGCUAGCGUUCAAGAUGGAGUCCGUCAACAAAGCUGGACAUCUGAUGAGUCUAGCGGCUCUGCAGCAGUAUGACCCUUAUAUUAACAAGCUGCUCGACGUUACCGGGCAGGUAGCGCUGUAUAAAUUCAACUCAAAAGCAAACGAAUGGGAAAAGACUGAUAUUGAAGGCACCUUAUUUGUGUACGCCAGGUCAGCAUCACCACAUCACGGUUUCACUAUUAUGAACCGUCUAAGCACUGAGAACCUGGUGGAGCCGAUUAAUAAAGAUUUGGAGUUUCAGCUUCAGGAUCCGUUCCUCUUGUACCGGAAUGCCAGCUUGGGAAUCUACAGUAUCUGGUUCUACGACAAGGCCGACUGUCAGCGCAUAGCACAGUUGAUGGUACAAAUAGUGAAGCAGGAGACAUUGAGGGCUCAGCAGGCCUCUCCAGAUCGAGGACGAACGAAUGGUUGUGUUGAGACGAGACCGAUGGAUAUCCUGGAGCUGCUGAGCAAAGCCAAAGAGGAGUACCACAGGGUUAACACAGACGUCACUCCAACUCCAGACCCAGUUAAAGUAGAGAGCAUGAAGCCUACGGUUAUUGCUGCUCAGCAGGAGAAGCAAACACACGGUGUGGUGAAGCAGAUCACAGUGGAGGAGCUGUUCGGCAGCUCUUUACCCAAAAACCCAACCCCUCCAGCAGAAUCAAUUUCUGGCGAGAAUUUCUUGCGUGGAAUGAGCUACGGCCCUCCUCCCGUCCCCCUGGAGCCCCUUCUCACACAGUGUCUCUCAGCCAAUCCCCUGCUCCCUCAGCACUCUAUCUCUCCCGCCCUAAUGGCUCCAAGCGGGGCUGAGAACGUUCCAGCACUUGGAGGGCAUCGUGGGCAGACUGGGCCUCAGGCUGCGCCUAAGUAUAUAAAUCCACUCAAAAACGAUGGCCACGGGAUCCCAAAGCCGACAGCAGUGCCAGGCUUCAUGCCCAGCACGCUAGUCACGCCACAAAGUUUCCGAGAACCUACAGCCAAAGCACCAGCAGUUUUCACCAGCAAACCCGCAGCAUCUGCACAAACUAAAGAAGCUGGUACUUUUGCACAGCCGCAAGCCACAAAUCUGGUCAAACCCAUUCCAACCAAGGCGGGGCUAGUUGUGCCAGGGGACGAGCCGUCGUUGCUACUUUCCCCCAGUGUGUUCCAGCAGUCCACUACAAAAGCACCAGAGCUGCCAAGAAAUCCUGCUCCUCCACCGUCACCCCCUGCCUCUCUGGGGGCUGGAGAUCUUCCCUCAACAGUGUACAGCAAGACACAGCUUCAAGACGUUCUUAUACAUUUGAUAAAGAACGAUGCCCACUUCCUCAGCACAAUCCAUGAAGCGUAUAUGCAGAGCCUCACCAAAGACCUCAGCAAUGUCAAACUAUAGCCUCUGAGCCCAAACUCCUGGACUGAGUGCUCUUACUAUCAGCCCAGAGGCUGCGUUUAGGACAGAACCACCACAUACUGGUGCACUGGUUCUCUCACUGUAUUUUAGUCACAGAGGGAUGAAUCCAAAGGCACACAUCACUCGUUUGUUUCGACUCAAGCUUCAGGAUGACCACAUAGCCAUGGUUAUCCCACACCUGAGCCCCGGCUAUUCUGAUUAUUGAGGUGGAACACUCACUUCUUUUGUCUAAUCAUUGUUCUUCUCAUCUUGUGUGGUCACUCGUCACCCUGUCUGUCAUUCCAUCUCUAGCUGAUCUAGCUUAUGGCUAAGAUUAUGAAAUCAGGUGCAAUACAAGCUUUUUUUUUGCUUUUUUUAAGUCAUGUUUAGGGAUGCAUUUAUUACCAUUUUUUAUUUAAUUUUUUUUCAGAUCAACCACGUUUUUUUUUUUCCCCUUAAUAUUUGUCAAUAGCAAUACCGAUGCUGAAAUGAGAAACCUAUUUGGUAUCAAUCAGAGACAUCAUGGAACAUUUUAUUUAGCUCUGUUUAUGUUGGUUGCUGCCACAAUGAACUCCUCAUGCUCAUUUUAUGUUUAAGAUGUUAUGGUGUUAAAACAGUAGCUUUACUAGCGCGCAACAGCAGCAGACCAGAGCAGUGUCAGCGAACAUAUUUAAAUGCACCUUGCUGUGAAUUGCACCUUGAUUCACAAGCAAAAUAUAAACCCCCAAGUAUAGCACAAGUUGCUCAGUGCUCACUCAGCUGAUGUGCUCUCUACAUGCUCCACCUUAAAAAAAAAAAAAAGUCAUUUUUAGUGACUAUGCUUGCUGAUACUGCUCUGCGCACUUACUAAGAAUACUGUUUAAAUGCCAUAAGAUGUUUUAUUAGGAUACUUGUAUUGUAGGAAGUUGCUGUAGUAGCUCCUCUUGAUAUAUUCGCAGAGCACUGAUGUAUGUCCACAUCGCUUUCAUUUUGUGCCAUCUGUUCAUUCGCGUGACAGUGUUAUCACACACGGUGUGACGUGAUAUCGGAUGUUGUAUUGGGGUGUUUUUUUUCGAGUAAAUGAGGAUGUUAUCAAACCUAUAACCAAUUCCAGUAUCGUAUCGCUGCCUCCCUAGUAACCAUGGCUUUCUUAUAAUUAAAAUAAUGCCCCACGAUUAAGUUUUCAAUAGAAACCUGAGGGAAGACCUGCACUUUUUUCGAAGUAAUAUUUGGACCCAGGUUCAGAAGUGAGAUAUGGUAACCUUGAUGUAUUACACUAGUGCUCGUGAUGCAUUUUAAACUGCAGUAGUAUUUCUGCAAUCAGCUUUAUUUGCACUGGAUAAUACGAGUACAACUGCUUAUUGUAGAGUGAUAAAUUAGUUUGAUUAUAAAUAUGGUGUUAUGAGUUAUGAAAUAGCUUUUGAACUCCGAUUUCAAUAUUUCAGUCCUCAACGUUCUUCUGCAAGUUUAGGAUGAGUGUGAAGUUUUGCCAUCACUUUGUGAUUUGCAAUGGUUUGAUUAAUUAAAGUACAAGAACAAGACUGUCACGCUGAGCAGGUCAUUUUAAAUGAAGUGGAUUUGAAUAAACUUUAGGACUUGCAUUGAGUUGUUGAUUUAUAAGAUUCAACAUUCAAUUUGGUCUGCAGCCUUUUAAUAGUUAGGCAAAUGCCAAAAAAAAUAAAUUAGCAAAUGUGCAGUAGCAUAUGAUUCUGGUUUAAAACCUUUUCUAUGAUAUUGAUGAAGCCCUCCACUAUGUGGCGCUUUUUGGUUGUUUUUUUUCGUUUGUUUUGUUUUUCUCUUUAGAUACAUACAACCUGUGAAGUCUUCUUAAUGCAAAUAUUUCCACCUGUGUGAUGCUGGUAACUGAUUAAUAUCUCCCUUUAUGUCUAUUUUUGUCCAGGUGAAUUACAAAUAACUUUCAGUAAUUAUGAUGCAUUUAUGGUGGCAGCAUGGAAAUAGGAUACAUUAAGAAAGCUCAACCAUGUAAUUCAGAUUUGGUUAUAAUGGAAACCUCACUAAAGUAAUCAAGCAGCUUUAAAGUGUUAUACUCGUUUGGAAGCUUGAAUGUAUCUUGUCGGCAGCUCUGUUCCCCCUCAAGCUUUUCUUCAUUUGAAAAAAAAAAAUCUGUUUGGCAAAAAAAAAAAAAGUCACAUUUUUCAUAUACCCUGAUUGUAGUCGAUCAAAUAUAACACUUUUUUUUGGUGACCAGCUUUUGUUUCUUUACUUAGACAUUCAGCUACAUGGUGACGUAUUGUUGAUGUUUAUAGAUACAGUUUAUAGUCAUUACACUACUUGUGGAUUAAAUGUGGAUUACAUUCAAAACUUCAGUGUAACGCAAACAUGUGAGGGUGAUUGACUAUAUUUGGAGUAAAAAAUGCAUUAGUACAUGAUCCAUCUUUAGGUUUUGGGGGGAGGUUUUUUGUUGUGUUUUCCAAAUGAUGUUCAUUAUAUUGUCAUGAUUGUUUUUCCCUCAACCUUUUACAUUUUCUUCAUUAAGUUAUUUUCUGUCUUUUUCUCCAGGAAUAGUAUAAGCAAUUCCUAGAACAGCAAUUUCCGAAAUCUGCUAAAAUGCAUGUUACUAGAGUGUGCGCUGAUGGAACGGUCUAGAGAUCACUUAUUUUUUAAAGUCAUUAUCCUUUUUAAAAUUCUUUGACAGGUCUGUUAAGCUAAUUCAGUGUACAAUAAAACCGUUCUGUUACCUCUGCUGA